GAGCGACCUCUGCACUUGGGCCAAUUUGGCUUGCUGUUUUUCCCCGAGUCCACUGUGGGAGAUGUGGAUCAGAACCAGUGGGCCCACUCAGAGUUGUCAGCCUGCGAACGUGGGAAAGGAAACGCAGACAAGUACAGUAUGGAAUGAAGCCUCGAGAACGGGACUGGAUGGUGAAGGAGUGAUUUGCAAUCCACGCAAGCGCCAAAACAUGCAUUGCAUUCAUCCAUCCAUCCAUUUUCUGAGCCGCUUAUCCUCACGAGGGCUGCAGGGAUGGCCUGAGCCUAUCCCAGCUGUCAACGGGCAAGAGGCGGGGGACACCCUGAACUGGUUGCCAGCCAUUCGCAGGGCACAUCGAGAUGAACAGCCGCAAUCACACCUAGGGGCAAUUUAGAGUGUCCGAUUAAUGUUGCAUGUUUUUGGGAUGUGGGAGGAAACCCACGCACAUUUCGGCAAGGCGGCACAGUGGCGCAGCUGGAAAGUGUUGGCCUCACAAUUUUGAGGACCCGGGUUCAAUCCCAGCCCUACUUGUGCGGAGUUUGCAUGUUCUCCCCGUGCCUGCCUCGGUUUUCUCCAGGCACUCCAGUUUCCUCAUGCAACGUUAAUUCGACACUCUAAAUUGCCCCAAGGUGUGAUUGUGAAUACGGUUGUUUGUUUCCAUGUGCCCUGCGAUUGGCUGCCAACCAGUUUAGGGUGUACCCCGCCACCUGCCUGUUGACACCUGCCAUGCCGCGGGCCAUGAUUUUGACACUAGAGUCCUUGAGGACUGAUUUUUACCCUUGUGAGGAUAAGUGGCUAAGAAAAUGGGUGGGUGGGUACAUUUCGACGAAAUGUGUGUAUACCUAUAUUCAAUGUAACUUGGAUGUAUUGUUUAUGUCUUCAUUCUCUAAUCAAGAUCUGUAUCAAUAUUCGUUCCCUUCAUAAAUUUUAGAUUUUGUCUUCAAUCUUGCAGCUUCAAAGCUACUGCAAAAUUGCAAAACUGAAACGGAAAAGAUUUUUGAAAACUAAACAGAAAAGACGAAGUCAACCAUCACAGUUUAACAUCCUUUCACAGUCACUCACAUUCGAAAAAUGUGCAAGGUGUGGUCAGACGCCCGCAGGUAUAAAGUUGCAGGUGUGUGUUCGGUUUGUAAUUAUGAGUGUACCCCUUUAAGAGCGGAGGGGACCGGUGUCAGGUAAAGUAGGAAGUAGAAGUAGGCUGAGCUCGUUGCUCGUUAUUAAGGGAAAAAAUGUGCCCCGAGAGUGUGUGACAAGUGCGCAAUUGCGCGGUUUAGAGGAAAGAUUGGUAAAGACAAUACAAAAUAAGCGACAUCUUUCAAUAUCUAUGUAUUUGUACUCGUAACAAAUUUUACGCGCGUGAUCUUUGUUGUGCUCGACUGUGGCGAUUUGCGAAUGCGAUGGCCCGUCAAAUCACAGUGACUGCUUCCACACAAAAGCAGGCCAUCAGCACGAUUGUUGGUAUGUUUAGAAAAUAAAUUUGAUACUUGACGCAUGGAAAGGUUUUCGCAUAUUUAUGUUGAUACAUGAACGGCGCAAUGUAUGUGAAACGGCAGGCGCGUUGAGGACUAUAAGGUACCGUUUAUGAAAACGGUGGAACCGAAAUAGAAAAGUAACAAUUUAUUUUUUUUUGUUACACCAAUUUGUACAAAGCUAAAUUAAUAAAUGCAAGCCUGCCUCUUUCAUAAAAUUGCGAGUGGAGAAGAAGUUACAUUUGGUGUAAAGUGUAUCCCACAACAAAGGGAGUCGUUACACUUUGUUUUUUUCGUCGCGUCAGUCAUCCAGAGAGAGGAAACCCAUCCCUGUAAACGCACGAGGGUGGGGGGCGGUGAAAGAAGCGGGGUGGGUGUUGAGCAUCCAAGAGGCCCAAGGAGGCCCCCGUCAUUGGUCACGCCGAAAUUUGCUAUCAGUUUAAAAGCAGACGCCGCUUUCUUCCCUCCCUUCACUCAGUGGGACAGCGAGGCCCAUAACCCGCCCCACGCACGCCCGCCCGUGUGCGCGUGUACGUGCGAGCGCCGCAGAGAGACAAAAACCGUAUAGAGUACUUCGAGGCGGGACCCGGGAUGCCUGCGUACGCCACCAACAUGAGACUCAAGUUCCCCAUCGUGGCCUUGGCUUUGGAAGUUAUCACCAUCAUCCUGUUCGCCGUCUUUGUGGUCUACGAUGACGGCAGGGCCCACGGCCACGCUGGGCACGGCGCCAACGGCACGGACCACCACGAGCCGCCGAUGGAGCUCUAUCCGAUGUUCCAAGAUGUCCACGUGAUGAUCUUCAUCGGCUUUGGCUUCUUGAUGACCUUCCUGAAGCGAUACGGCUUCAGCAGCGUGGGCGUCAACCUGCUACUGGCCGCCUUCGGCCUGCAGUGGGGGCUCCUCAUGCAGGGCAUAUGGCACCUAGAUGACGGCAAGAUUAAGAUCAACAUCUUCAAGAUCAUCAAUGCGGACUUCAGCACAGCCACGGUCCUGAUCUCUUUCGGGGCAGUUCUCGGUAAAACCAGUCCUGUCCAGUUGCUCAUCAUGACCAUCCUGGAGAUCAGCAUCUUCUCCAUCAACGAGCAUCUGGUGGCAGAAAUCAUGCAGGCCAAUGACGUGGGGGCCUCCAUGAUCAUCCAUGCCUACGGAGCCUAUUUCGGUUUGGCCGUGGCUCGAGUUCUUUACCGGCCCGGUCUGAGGAACGGCCACGAGAACGACGGCUCUGUUUACCACUCUGAUCUGUUUGCCAUGAUCGGGACUGUGUUCCUCUGGAUGUUCUGGCCCAGUUUCAACUCAGCCAUUGCCGAGCCGGGCUUCACCCAGCUGACCGCGGUGAUCAACACCUACCUCUCCCUGGCCGCCUGCGUACUCUCCGCCUACGCCAUCUCCAGCCUGGUGGAGCACAAAGGAAAACUGGACAUGGUGCACAUCCAGAACGCCACACUGGCCGGUGGCGUCGCCGUGGGAACGUGCGCCGACAUGAACAUCGGGCCCUUUGGGGCGAUGCUGAUCGGAUUAGUGGCCGGCAUCAUCUCCACUCUGGGCUUCAAGUACCUGACUCCUAUUCUGGCAUCUAAUCUGGGCAUCCAGGACACCUGCGGCGUGCACAAUCUGCACGGUAUGCCGGGCAUCCUCGGAGGCUUGGCCGGUAUCGUGGCUGUGACUUUGGGGAAAAAGGAGGGAGGGCGUGCCACCAUGCAAGCCGCCGCCUUGGCCUCGUCCCUCGGUUUUGCUUUGGUCGGCGGGGCCAUCACAGGUUUAAUAAUGAAGCUUCCUAUUUGGGGACAACCGCCUGACCAGAACUGCUUCGAUGACUCGCUUUACUGGGAGGUCCCCGCGGAGGAGGAAGAGAAUGAGGAGAGCUUGGCUCACGCGGAUCACUCAAAGAACAAAGCAGAUGUUUAAAAAUUGGAAUGGGGUGGGGGGGACAAACAAACAUAGCAGGGAUUAUUAUUGCGCCGCGAAGCUCUUAAUUGCUGUUCAGUGCGAGUCGAGGCCUUAAAAGAAGCCGUCGAGCUCCUUGCACGUCCCGACGGAAUCCUUUUCAAAUACUCGCCGCAGGCAUAAUUAGUCACUUAAUUGAUCGUCAAGAACUCGAAAUUGAAACAGGAGGCAAAUUUGUGCGCUCUUCAUGGUUGCAGCCGGCAUCGGCGCCGUUGAUUAUAUUUCAAUUACGCUAGAUUGUUAGUAAUGGAAGCACGGCACGGAGAACGAAGGCGCAUCCAUGGAGACUAUUGUUAAUUUCAUAUUCGUAGUCUUAAAAUAGAGAAUAAAACGAAAUGAAUGAUUCGGGGUUUUUUUUCAUAAAUUACACGCGUACCAAAAAUGCUUUACAUUUUAUCAAAUUAUCCUAAAGAGUUGUGUUUUUUUUUUUUUUUUUUACGCUGAACUCAACAGUUCACAAGUGAAUUAUUACACAAUGCUGGAACACAGCAACACCUGUAAACCUUUUCUUUAUUUACUUAAAUAACCCUAGAAGCAUGAUUUUUUUUUCAUUGUUGUUGUUGUUUUUACAUGUAAGUACAGGGGUAUUUUUUUGUUUGUUUUCAAGCAUUAUGUUAUCCUUUUCACCUACACUUUGGGGAAAGACAGGGAUGGAACACGGCUUCUUGUGACCUCAACUUUAUAACUUUUGAAGGAAAAUGUUCCUGUGAUGAACCAAUGUGUGUUACUUUUUUUGUUGUUGUUGUUAUUAUAUCAAAUGUAUUCUUCUCUGUACAUAUAAGUUCACACUUUUCUGUUUGGACAUGGUCAGUUUGGUUGUAACCCUGCAGUGUAAAAUUAAAAAAAAAAAAAAAAGAAGAACCGGUACACUAAUUUGAUUUUUCCACGUCUUUACAUAACUAGAGGAACAUGUUUUUAUGUUUUCGUACAUCAUACAUCCUGCCACCAUUUUUUUGACGCAAAUGAAAAUAUAUGUUGCGUUAUGUUCUAUGUCCAAAAAAUGUGCGAGUGCCAUCAAACUGACUACAUUUUAUAGUUAGGAUCAACUUUCAUUUUUAGGAUUCAUGUGCGAUGGCUAAAACAGUGAAGUUUUUUGUUUUUACACAGUGCUACAUGUAUUUGUAUACUGUACUAACACUGCCGUAAUAAAUGU